AUGUUAUCUGAUCAAAUAAAAUAGGUGUUGUCAACAAAAACUUCAUCUUUUCUCGCUCCUAAGUUCUCUCGAAAAACUACAUUGCUUAAGAAGAGAAAUAAAGCUCUUUCCAUUUGUAGCAUAGAAGACAUAGCAACAUUGACAUAAUAGAAAAGCUUAUAAUAACCUUAAUCUAAGUAGCAAAUAGCUAGAUCUGAAUCAUAACACAAUCCACCAACUCCGAUAGCAACUCCACAGUAAAGCAAUUCAGUUAGUUGUCAAACAAACACAUCUCUAUUUGAUGAACAACUUCCUGACAUUCCUGCAUCUGAUCCAAUUUGGCUUGAGAUAAUUCCUCAGGAAGUGUUGUAAGGAUCAUCAGUAGAGUAACUUCUCGAAGACAACAAAGAUUACUUCUAUUAUUUGCUGGGAUUGUAUCUCCAGGAAUAAAUGCAUGGAGAUUUUAACAUGAACAAAUUUAUAUUGCCAACCAAAUGGUAAAGUUAAUAUGGACGUGAUUUUCCUCUCAAAUAGAAAGAAAGAUAAGAAAUUAUCAAAAAUACAAUCUACCAAGAUUAUAAGUCUCCUCAAACUUCAGAGUUUUCGAAGACAAGUUAUUAAAGUCACUUCUCUGCAUAUCCAUAAAAUGACUACAAUCCAAGGUUGGAGAGGAGAAAGUAUGAGAAAAGUGAGUUACAAUUUGCAACAUUGACAACAUAUAAGGCCAAUCAUUAUGAUUUCUAAACAAACUACAGACCAGAGAAGGUAACUGCAUCUAAGCAUUUGACAACUGGCGGACUAUCACUGUCUAGUUAAACUCUUUAUAAAGCUGAAUAUCAAUGGCCUUAAUCAAUAGAACAGCCUGCUAAUUGUAAAAACAAUCAUUCAAAAUUAAAUCCAAUUCAAUCUUCUGGUAUCUUCUUCGAUAAAUAACGAGAAGUCUACACAAAAUUCCCUGUUGAUCCAAUCUGUAGAACUGCUCCCUAUUCUUAAACUCCUACAUAUCAGAAUCAGUACGUCUCUACUACUAAAAAUGAUUUUUAGAGAACGAAACUCGGAGAAGUGACCUAAAUGAAAAAUUGGAAACAAAGCGUCAUUAGGAGAAUGAAUUAAUUGAGAAAACAAUCGCAAAUAUGA